AUGGAACAUGCUGCCAUAACGCGAGAUGAACUUCUUCAAAGCAAACUGGUCAAAUUAGAGCAAACUAUCAACGUCACGGACGAUACCUUGAAGGAGGCGAUAAGACACACUGAAUUCAAGCUUCUGAGUACACUGGAGGCCCUGAAGAACGACCUGAUCGGUAAACUGGAUAACCUUCAGCAGAAACAGCAAGCAAACCACGCCGGGCUGGUAGGUGACAUGCAAAAGUUCCUCGAUCUGCAAGCAGACUUCAUUAAAAACUAUACCAACCAAGUAACGAUUCCUGCGUCGUGCAAAGAAGUGCCAACAAAAGUGUCCGGUAAAUAUACGAUCCAACUCGAGCCCCAUCAGCACAUACCUGUGUACUGUGAGCAGGGUGUAUUUGGAGGUGGCUGGAUUGUAUUCCAAUACAGGUUCAAUGGAUCGGUGGACUUUUUUAGAAACUGGGUUGAAUAUCGCAAUGGCUUCGGCAGCCUUGACGGAGAGUUUUGGCUUGGACUUGAAUUUGUUUACAGGCUUACUUCAUCGCGAAAAUACGAAUUAAUGAUCGAGCUAAAAGAUCGCCGGGGAAACUAUGGAUACGCUAACUACGACGAGUUCAAGAUAGGCAGCGAGACUGAAUUGUACAGCUUGAAAAAGUUAGGGACGUACGAUGGAACGGCACAAGAUUCACUUUCAACCUACAAAGGUAUGAAAUUUAGUACGAAGGAUCAGGACAAUGAUAAUAGCGAAAAUCAUUGUGCCAUCAGACACGGCGGUGCCUGGUGGUAUCGUAGUUGCACUAGUUCAAAUCUCAACGGGCUUUACACGAACGAACCGUUCAUUAGAUCGAGAGGAAUGUUUUGGUAUAGUUUUAAAAACGACGAGCGUGAUUUGGUACUUACAAGGAUGAUGAUCCGGGAAGUCAAUUAA